AUGACCUCCAAUUGCAACAACAGCAGCAGCUUGACGGACCCGGUCUUUGUGGGGCUCUACACCCUCAUCUUCACACUGGGGCUGGUGCUCAACCUGGCCGCGCUCUACAUCUUCUUCCGCUGCAGCAGCAUCCGCUCCCUCACCACCGUCUACAUGAAGAACCUGGCCGUCUCCGACCUGCUGCUGGUGGUGUCCCUGCCCGUCCGGAUCUAUUACUAUAGCCGGCGGCCCUGCCUGGGGGACCAGGUCUGCGAGAUCACAGGGCUGCUGCUGCUGGUCAACAUGUACGGGAGCAUCUUCCUGCUGACCUGUAUCAGCUGGGACCGCUGCAUGGCCGUCUGCUUCCCCAUGCACCCCCGGGUCAAGGCGCUGCGCCAACAGGCCAAGUACAUCUGCCUGGGCGUCUGGCUGCUGAGCUGUGCCGGCACCGUGCCCACCUAUUUCACCCAGGCUAAGGGAAAACGGAUGGAACACUGCUUUGAUAACAAGCCCAAGUACGUCACCCAGCCCAGCGUGUCCUCGGCCAUGGCGCUGUGCUUCGUCCUGCCGCUGCUGGUCAUGGUGGUCUGCUCCUGGGCCCUGCUCCGAGCCAUCCGCCGCAGCGCGGCCGCCCAGAUGGAGCUGGUGAACAGUGCCAAGAUCCGCAGCAUGAUCGUGGCCAACGUCACCAUCUUCCUGGGCUGCUUCCUGCCUUUCCACCUGGUGCUGAUCUGCUACCAGGUGGACGCCCUGCAGGGCGAGAUGCUGGAGUUUUCCUACCGCUGCACCUUGCUGGUGGCCUCCGCCAACGCCGCCCUGGACCCGCUGGCCUAUUACUUCGCCACCGAGACCUUCCAGCGCAUGGUGGUGAUGGACAAUCUGCGCAAGGCCUGGGGCUUUCACACCGACAGUGCCGAGGGGCAGAGCCGCUCCCAGACGGCGCUCAGGCAGUGCAUCUACCUGCAGAACAUCAUGGCCGUGCCUAACAGCACCCCACUGGUGGGCAGCCCCAGCAGGGAGCCCAGGAGCUAA